AUGGCACAACGACAGAUGUGCCCUUCAAUGGGCGCACUGCGGCGUAUAUUAGCAGCAGAUGCAUCGGCUGUAUCAAAUUGCUCGACAAGGGGCCUCCACAGCUCUGCGAAGAGGCUUGAGGAGCAGCCCAGCAACACACCACCGGCCGCCCCCGUCCCAGUAACCCGAAAGACUCGUUCUGCUACCGCUCUGAGGCAAAUCACCAACCUCCAGAACCGCAAAGCCAUACCCGGCGCAGGCGCCCUCGCACGAGGCUCCUUCCCCAGCGGCCAAAUGGCACGUCGAACCUCCCCGUCCGUCGAGCCUGGUUUUAUACCAGACGGCGAAGGUGCCCCGCAGAACGCUCAGUCUGGCGCCGCCAACACCCCCCGCUUCGCACGAAAUCCCGCUGGCCCAAGAAUCACCCGUGUCUCUGUCCCGCCCCCGCCCCAAGGGCAAAUGGUACGCGCCCCUGCUGCCCUCCGUAUCGGAAACGCUGCUCGGGGACCCAUGGUGCGAGGCCCAAACCUACGCGGUAGAGAUGCCAGCAAGCCAGGCGGGCCCGGUGGAAAACGAAAGGCCGGUGGAGCGGGCAACAACCGCGGCGAAGGCGGCCCCAAGAGGCGUGAGAGGACCUCUGGCGGCGACAGCAGCAUAGGUACCACAAUCGCCGAAACCGAUCUCGGCACCACCAUCUCAGACAAGAUGUCACAGCAGCUUCUGCGUCUACAGCGCAAGGAAUGGGACCGCGUGCCGUAUGAGCCCAAGUACGCCAAGGACAGCUUUGCGGCGAACGAGCUGAUACAUGCUGGGAGGGAGCUGUUCAAGGGCGAGGUUCCACCGAUAAAGAUCUGGGGCCCGUUGGAGAAGCAGAUUGGUGUUGUGGGUAUGUUUGGGGCCGAGGCGCAUUUGAAGGUGAGGAGGGUGACUGAGGAUCAUUGGCGGUGGGGACACACGGGUGACGGUCCGACACCUGAGCAGGAGGUUCCUGAGGCGAUCAAGGCGAAGUGGGAGUGGAAGAAGGAGAAGGUCGCUUCGCCGCGGGUAAAGGCAGCAUGA